GGAAGAAGGAGAGACCAGCAGGAUUCUCGCACCCUUAAGGUUUAGUUACCAGCUUAAUAGCCCAUGGCCUCUGCUCGGGAAUCCUCCUUCUGCCCUACAAAGGCCCGCCUGCAGGGGGCUCCGGGCUGCAGUUUCUCUUGCCGAGACUCCCCAGCAGGCCGAGCGGUGCUGGGCGGAGCAGGUUUCGAGCAUCGCAAGGCCGGCCCGACCCAGGAAGCGCCGCUUCAUUGGGGGCGCAGCGGAGCUGGAGAAUCAUGCAGGUAACAGCGAGGGCCGUCACGGGAGUCGGGGGAGACAUAUGAUUUCCCACGUGCCGGAGCAAGUCGUAAAUGGCAGGGCAGGGUUCCGGACUCGGGAGCGGGGUAUCUUUGGAACCAGCCUCGCCUUUGCCCCGGUAGUUUGUACACGUGUGUGGCCCUUAGUGAGGUACAGGCUGGGCUACCCUUCAUCGCUUCGCCUCUUUGCUUCGCAGGCAGGCUCCAAGCAGGCGGUCCAAGCGGCGGCGCAGGAGCUACUGAAGUUUGUGAACCGGGGUCCCUCCCCCUAUCAUGUGGUUGCUGAGUGUCGCAGCCGCCUACUUCAGGCUGGUUUUCAGGAGCUGAAGGAAGCUGACCAUUGGGAUAUCCAGCCUGACCGAAAGUACUUUGUGACCAGGAACUUCUCAACAUUGAUUGCCUUUGCCGUGGGAGGCAAGUACAAGCCGGGCAAUGGAUUCACCGUGAUUGGAGCCCACACAGACAGUCCUUGUCUGCGGGUGAAGCGCCGCUCUAAGCGUGGCCAAGAGGGAACAGUCCAGGUGGGCGUGGAGACCUAUGGGGGUGGCAUCUGGAACACUUGGUUUGACCGUGACCUCUCGGUUGCUGGAAGAGUCAUUGUCAAGGAUCUGGACACAGGCCGGCUGGACCAGCAACUGGUGAGGGUGGAGCGUCCCAUACUUCGCAUCCCUCAUUUGGCCAUUCAUCUCCAACGCGAUGUGAACGAUAGCUUUGGACCAAACAAGGAGCAUCACCUGAUCCCAAUUCUGGCCACGGAAAUCCAGGAGGCACUGGAGAAAGAAGUGUGCAAGGCAGGGGCAGCUUGUGCCUCAUCUCUCCAGAGUCGUCAUUCUCCUGCUCUGCUCUCCCUUCUCUGCUCCCAGCUGGAAGUGAAGCCUGAGCAAUUGGUAGAGAUGGAGCUAUGUCUGGUGGAUACACAGCCGCCAACACUGGGUGGCGUCUUCAAUGAGUUCAUAUUCUCUCCUCGCCUGGACAAUCUCCACAGCUGCUACUGUGCCCUGCAAGCGCUGAUUGAAUCUAGUGAACGUCCUGAAGCUCUUGCCCAUGAGCCAAAUGUGCGUCUGGUUGCACUUUAUGAUAAUGAAGAGGUGGGUUCGGAAAGUGCACAAGGUGCGAUGUCACUCCUCACAGAACUUGUUCUUCGACGUAUCUCAGCCUCACCCCAGAACUUGACUGCGUUUGAGGAAGCCGUGCCGAAGUCCUGCAUGAUCAGUGCAGACAUGGCCCAUGCUGUGCACCCCAAUUAUGCGGACAAGCAUGAUAAGAACCACCGUCCAGAGUUCCACAAGGGCCCUACAAUCAAAGUCAACAGCAACCAGCGUUAUGCUUCUAAUGCUGUCACCGAGGCAUUGAUCCGUGAGAUUGCCAGCCGUGUGGAUGUCCCUCUGCAAGAAUUCAUGGUUCGGAACGACUCGCCCUGUGGCACCACAAUUGGGCCCAUUCUAGCCUCCCGCCUCGGCAUGCAUGUUGUGGACAUAGGCUGCCCACAGUUAGCCAUGCACUCCAUCCGUGAGAUGUGCUGCACCUCUGGAGUCCUGCAGUCCAUCACUCUUUUCAAGGGCUUCUUUGAGCUGUUCCCAAUGCUGAAUCAGGGAUUGCUGAGCAACUGAAUGGAAUCUCAAGUCCAGGAAGAAGCUAAAAUCCUGUCCCCUAGAUGGCAAUUAAAGCACAUUAAUAUCUAA